CCCAUUUCCAAUUUCCCUCCACAAAUGGGAGGGUUUGGGAAGGGUUUCUCACUUUCAUCAGAGGUCGCUAAUAUCCAUUGAAUUCUCUGUGACCUCACUUCCUACAACGGCAAUGGCGGCCUCUUCUUCUUCGUCCGUGUCUAGCCACGGCUACGAUAUUCCGUGGGUUGAGAAGUACAGACCCACCAAAGUCGCCGACAUCGUCGGCAACGAAGACGCCGUCUCGAGGCUUCAAGUCAUCGCACGUGACGGCAACAUGCCCAACCUCAUCUUAGCCGGUCCUCCUGGAACUGGUAAAACCACUAGUAUAUUAGCUCUUGCACAUGAACUCCUGGGGCCAAAUUUUAGGGAGGCGGUUUUAGAGCUAAAUGCGUCUGAUGAAAGGGGCAUUGAUGUUGUGAGAAACAAGAUUAAGAUGUUUGCCCAAAAGAAAGUUACUCUACCCCUCGGGCGGCACAAAAUAAUAAUUUUGGAUGAAGCUGACAGCAUGACAUCUGGAGCACAACAAGCCUUGAGGAGGACAAUGGAAAUAUAUUCAAACUCUACUCGUUUUGCUCUUGCUUGCAACACAUCUUCUAAAGUAAUAGAGCCUAUUCAAAGUAGGUGUGCCCUUGUUCGGUUUGGCAGAUUAUCUGAUCAAGAGAUCCUCAGCCGUCUCAUGGUGGUGGUUGAAGCAGAAAAGGUUCCCUAUAUUCCAGAAGGCCUUGAAGCAAUUAUUUUCACUGCUGAUGGUGAUAUGAGACAGGCACUAAAUAACUUGCAAGCCACAUAUAGUGGAUUUCGGUUUGUCAACCAAGAAAACGUUUUCAAGGUCUGUGACCAGCCGCAUCCGUUGCAUGUAAAGAAUAUUGUGCGCAACAUACUUGAGGGGAAAUUUGAUGAUGCUUGUUCUGGUUUGAAGCAGCUCUAUGAUCUGGGCUAUUCGCCUACUGACAUAAUCACAACCUUUUUCCGAAUCAUUAAGAACUAUGAUAUGGCUGAGUAUCUGAAACUGGAAUUCAUGAAGGAAACUGGAUUUGCCCAUAUGAGAAUCUGUGAUGGAGUUGGCUCAUAUCUUCAGUUAUGUGGUCUACUGGCUAAGCUUGCACUGGUUCGGGAGACAGCUAAAGCAGCAUAAGGAGAUAGCAAACAUUGCAUAUUUUGAGUCAUUUUUGUCAUUGACAGACAUUGGUUGAAAUGUCUGUUACUCCCUUAUUUUGUUUCGAAAUCUGAAGCUACUUACUAUAUGUAUGUAUAACCUUUUGACAUUAGGGAAAGAAAGUUGCUAUUAUUUUUCAAACACGCUGGAUUGCUUGGCCAAAAUGCAUGACGUUGGAAGCAUAACUAAAACUCUCCAUCCCUUCCCCCAGAUUGAGAUUGUUGACACAUAGUAUGGUAUCGUGUCUGGGCUUAGAGUGUGUGAAACUCAUCACUACCUCGUAACCUUCUUGCUUAGCCAAGCAACAAAUGCAGGAUGGGUGGGUCUCGAUCUAGUUAAUCUUUUCUAGUCCAGGGGUAACAC